UUCGCCUAUUUAAAUAACCGAAUUCUCAGGCUUACGGUAAAUGACUGUUUCACCAAAAUGGACAGAGAAGAUGAAUAUGAAGAGUUUGAGGUGGAGAACACCAAAAUGCGUGAGCUAGUUUGUGAGCUGGAGAACAUUCUCAGUGAAAUGCAAGCAUACGAACGUCGUUUGUCAGAGCUGUUUUAUGGAAAGAUCACAGUGGAGGGUCUGGACACGUUCCUCCAAAAGAUCCGGUCUGCGGCAGCUCAGGAUGUGAGGAAAUGCCUCUCUCCGGCCUUGAAAGGCCUUCCUAUUAUGGCAACAGGGAGCAUGAAGAGCACUUCCACAUCAUCGUCUGGACAAACUGAGCCAGAGUUUGUAUCCCUGACGAUGCCUGACUUCACCAUGGGAGCUGAGGUCCUGGUCCCAGGCAUGAUGACCUGUUCCCUGAAGCACCUGUGGGAGAAACCCGGAAAUAUGGUCCAGCGGUCUCUGGCUAAGCUAACCAUACAAUUGAGUAACCUGGGCCUUGUCUCUGUUGUGGGAAAGAAGGCUGUGGCAGCCACUUGUGAAAUCUGUAAUCUUGUCAUGAGAGUGGUUUCCAUAUUCCUGUCCCAUUGUGGCAACUACUCCAGGCACUUCUUGUACUCAGUUACAGGUAUUAUUGCACGGGACAAGAUGGCCGCUGUGCUUCGGUGCUUCACAGAAACAGCCAAGACCUUCAACCUACUGGGCUUCAACAGCACCUACUUCCAUUUGAAGCCUGUGGUCCAGGCGGUGGUGACCUAUCUGGGAAAGAUAUACCAAAGCAAAAUGGCUGCUGCCUUCAAGUACCAGCUACCCCUGGCUGAUGAUCAUUCCUCGGAGCUUGAGGAGUUUCGUGGGAAUAUCGAGGCACCCAUCAUUGUUGAGGAAGUCCCCAGUGAGCUCCUGGGGAAGGUGGUGGUCUCAGAGCAGAACAGAUUUCUGUCUGAGCGCUCUUACUGUCACAGGCGUAUCCUGGCCAAACAGCCGAAAGAAGAGCUUGCUGCAUCUAGAUACAUCAUUUAUUAUCAUGAUCCUAAUGAACUCCUGGAGAAGACAGAGAAGAAGUCAGUGGAAAAGGGAUCCCUGAAUGCUGUGUCUGAAAGUCUUUCCCUGGCCUUACUGCCUCUUGAAGCCAUACAGCUUGUGGCAACUGGACACAUCACUGAUGUUCGUGCUGAAAAAGCUCUGGUGAAGGCUGAAGCCAAGGAGUUGGUCAUGGACGGCCUGAGAACUGCAGCUUGCAAAGUUGUGGAGGACCUCAUAGCAGCAGCCAAUGAAAUGGUUGGCAUGGAUACUCCCCUGGAUACUGAGAUCUCUCAGACCGAGAAGGUUGUCCUCAUCACUGGCAAGGCUAAGUGUCAGGUUACUACUGAAGAUGUUCCUGAUGAACUCCUGGAGAAGACAGAGAAGAAGUCAGUGGAAAAGGGAACCCUGGCUGCUGUCUCUGAAAGUCUUUCCCUGACCUUACUGCCUCUUGAAGCCAUACAGCUUGUGGCAACUGGACACAUCGCUGAUGUCCGUGCUAAAAAAGCGUUCAUGAAGGCUGGAGCCAAGGAGCUGGUGAUGGUUGGCCUGAAAACUGCAGCUUCCAAAGUUGUGGAGGACCUCAUAGCAGCUGCAGUAGAGAUGGUUCACAUGACCACUCCCCUGGAUACCCAGAUCUCUCAGACACGGAAGGUGGCCCUCAUCAACGGGAAGUCUGAGAUUGCUGCAGAGAAUGUUCUUAAUGAACUCCUGGAGAAGGUUGUGAAAGAGUCUGAGAAGAGGAGAUCCCUGGCCCUGAUCUCUGUCUCUGACUGCCCCCCCUUGGCCACUCAGCUUCCUCAGCUCACCGAUCUUGUUCCUGAGCAGUGCAGUGGAGAGGCUGCAAAGUGUGCUGAUGAAGACAGACAGGUGAAGAAGAAGAAGGAGACGAAGAAGAAGAAAAAGGGAAUCCGUGCUUUCUUCAGAGGUCUUUGGAAGAGGAUGAUAUGUUCCUCUGGAAUCCCCAAGGAUGACUGAGGCCCUGUCACCUAGGAGUGACUGUGCCCCUACAAGCAACAUUUACAUUUACAUUUAGUCAUUUACAAACAAGCAACACACAAAUUAUAUUUUGAAUCCAAAAUAUAACUGUUAUUGGCAUUUCCAAGAAGUUGUGAUCAAUGCAGG